AUGCCCGAGCUCGUCUACCACAACGGACACUACCACGAGGCUCCCCGCCGCGAUCGGCGUCACAAGAAACGCGAUGACUCCUGGAACGUCAUGAAGGUCUGGGACGAGGUGCUGUAUAACAUUGGCGAUCUCUACUACAAGUGCUACCUGCGAACACGCACCGCCACAUUCACUCGCUCAUUUCAUCUCAAGAAAAGUCCAAGAAGCAGCACCGCCCGGAUAGUCGGCUCCCAGACGGCCCGCAUCCGAGCUCUUCUCUCUGUGCCGUGGCUCCGAGAAAAGGGAGACGGGCCUUGCGAAUCAUUGACUGGAGUCUGA